AUUGGUGUGUAGACCCAGUUCAGUUGAUAUCGCGCCGGCUGCGCAAAAUCAUUAGCAGCUUUUGGCUGCAUCACAAACAAUACCAAAUUUAUUAAAAAAUAAAUAUUUAUAUAUUUUUUUAUUUUAUUUUGCAAUGGAUGGAUUUGUAGUGUAUCAGAAUAUUACUAACAACUUCAAGUGGAUUUUAUGUCGUGAAAAAAAUAUUCAUUUCAUUGACUGUUGAAAUUAUUUUUUAUUUUUUAUUUUUUAUUGGAAAAUUUAUGACAGUGUUGUUGUUUUUUUUUUUUGUAUUUAUUGCUUACCUGAAUUGACAGGUAAAUUUUAAAAGUGAAAAUUUUCAUUUUGUGAUUUUGUGAUUUUGGAGUAAAUUUGGUUUUUUUUUUUAAUUUUUCUUUUGUUGUUGACGGAAGGAUUACAUGAAGAAAAUUAUAUCACGUUUGCGGGUCGAUGUACCAUUGGGUAAGGCGUUCAGUAAGGAAUAAUGGAGUGAAAAAAAAAUUUUUUUUAAAUUUUUUUCCAAGAGACCACAUUAAGAUAAUUACCAUGGAGUUGUUUGUGAUAAAUUUUGAUGAUUAGAUUAUCAAAUAUUUGUCUUUAAAAGAUUUAAAAAAAAAAAUAAUUUAAAGAAAAAAACAAAUUGACUAAAAAAUUAUUCUUGAAAAGAAUAAUUAAAUAUUAAUUUGAUAUAAAAAAAAAUAAACAAACCAAAAAUGGGAAAGUGUUGCAGUAAAAGGCAGGAGCCUCAACCAAUUGUUUAUAAAAAAACUGAAGCAGUAUUGAGCUCAAAACACAGCAAUGGUGGAUCAUUGGAUAGUCGAUACACAGCUGAUCCAAAUCAAAGAGGUGUUCAAGCUCGAGCUGAUAUAAUACGACCAAGACCUACACCCUGUAAGAUUAUGAUGCCAAAUCAUCAACCUCGUAAAACAAAUUCACCUGUUGUAUUACCUGCAUCACAUUCACAAAGAGCAAAUAAAAUGGUUGUUGCAUUGUACAACUAUACAGCACGUGAAAGUACAGAUGUGAGUUUUAUAAAGGGUGAUCGUAUGGAAGUCCUAGAUGAUUCAGAGCCAGACUGGUGGAGAGUAUUACACAUGAGGACUCUACAAGAGGGUCUCAUACCUUGGAACUUUGUUGCGGUUGAACGUUCUGUUGAGAGUGAAGAUUGGUUUUUCGAAAAUGUAUCAAGAAAAGAAGCUGGUAAAUUAUUACUAGUUGAUGAAAAUCCACGUGGUACAUUUUUAGUACGUCCAAGUGAACAUAAUCCACGUGGUUAUAGUUUAUCAGUUAAAGAUUGGGAAGAAGGAAGAGGACAUCAUGUUAAACAUUAUAAAAUAAAACCACUUGAUAAUGGUGGUUUUUUUAUAGCAACAAAUCAAACAUUUAUAACAUUACCAGCACUUGUUAUGGCAUAUAGUAAAAAUGCACUUGGUUUAUGUCAUGUAUUAUCAAAACCAUGUCCAAAACCACAACCAGAUAUGUGGGAUCUUGGUCCAGAGUUACGUGAUAAAUGGGAAAUAAAUAGAAAUGAAAUACAAUUGAUACGUAAACUUGGUCAUGGUAAUUUUGGUGAAGUUUAUUAUGGUAAAUGGCGUAAUAAAAUUGAAGUUGCUGUUAAAACAUUGAGACCAGGUACAAUGUCAUCAGAAGCAUUUCUUCAAGAAGCAUCAAUUAUGAAACAAUUUCGUCAUCGUCAUCUUGUUGCAUUAUAUGCUGUAUGCUCAAAAGAAGAACCAAUAUAUAUUGUACAAGAAUAUAUGUGUAAUGGUAGUUUACUUGAUUUUUUACGUACUGGUGAUGGUAAAUUUAUGCAAUUUGAAGAUUUAAUAUAUAUUGCUGCACAAGUUGCAUCUGGUAUGGAACAUCUUGAAAGUAAACAAUUAAUACAUCGUGAUCUUGCUGCUAGAAAUGUACUUAUUGGAGAAAAAAAUAAAGCUAAAAUAUGUGAUUUUGGUCUUGCAAGAGUUAUUGAAGAUGAUGAAUAUUGUCCAAAACAAGGUAGUCGUUUUCCAGUUAAAUGGACAGCACCAGAAGCUAUUGUUUAUGGUAAAUUUAGUAUUAAAAGUGAUGUAUGGUCAUAUGGAAUUCUUCUCAUGGAACUAUUUACAUAUGGACAAGUACCAUAUCCAGGUAUGCAUGGACGUGAAGUUAUUGAACAAGUUGACAAAGGUUAUCGUAUGCCAAAACCACCAAAUCAACCAUUACCAGAUAGUAUUUAUCGUUUAAUGAUUCAGUGCUGGGAUGCAGUACCUGAAAAACGACCAACAUUUGAAUUUUUAAAUCAUUAUUUUGAAUCAUUCAAUGUUACAAGUGAAAUACCUUAUCUUGAACCACCAACAGACUGAUACAAGGCCCACUAUAUGCAUGGUAAUAUUAUGCCACAUGCACAUCCACAAUAUCAUCAUUCGGCUCAUCAUAAUUGUGCCAUGGAAUUCUACGGUAUUUAUUGCUGAAAAAAAUAAAAUCGAAAAUAAAUGAAAAACAGGAAAAAAAAAAAAACAAAAUAAAACAAUCAUCUUCUUGAAAACUAUUUAUUAAAUUAACGUAUCGUAAUUAUUUCGAUGCAAAACACUGCCAGAAUAUUUGCCAAUUUUAAAAAUUCGAAUUUAAAAAUUUUUUACUAAAAAAAAAAACAAAUUAUUUCUGUCAAAUUUUUAAUCUUUCUUUUUCAUUUUUUUUUUCAUGUGCAAGUGCCAUAUAUAAUUAUACACUUUGUAUUUUUUUUUUUUUUAACAAUUUCAAUGUUUUAAAAAUCUAAACAAUGGAGAGCAAAAUAAAGACUUUUUUUUUUUUUUUUUUUUUAUCUACAAAUAAUAAAUAAAAAAAAAAGAAAAAAUUAAUUAAUUUUUUUUUCAAUUUAUUGUAAAGAAGUAUAGCCGUGAAUUAUAAAUUAAUUUAAUAAUUAUUUGACUGGAUACUAUCAUGUACUAAUUACUAAAAAUUAUAUAGAAAAAAAAAAGAAAAAAAAAAUAUAUAAAAUUGUAAAUUAUUAAUUA